AGCUCGCCUGAUUCACGUCGCGUAUUCGGCGCAAAUAACUGUAAAGCUAUUAUUAUUCGCCAAUAUUGGCGCGCCUUCGCGUACGAGUUCCAGAAUUUCAUAUUUGGCGACAGUAUAUUCGGAACAACUAGAAGUUGUAAAUAGCUUCGAAGUAAAACUAAAGCUCUGGAGUUUGAAAACUUUACUAAACUAAGUAGCUGCAUGCAUAGUCGACCAACAGUUCUGUUAAACAAACCAUUGCUGUUAAACUAACACCACGAGCAUGUCGCAACAGUGGCCCUCAAACUGUGCUAGGCUACUAGCUUACCUGGUGGCGACUACGCUCUUUGCCACUCACUUGGCCAACGCGUCCAGCCAGAUCGAUGUGGAUGCGGAUCUGAAGCACAUGCUAGGUCGUUGUCACAGGGUGGACGAGGAUUUCAACGAGUGCAUGCGGCAGGUAUUCAACGACCUGAGGGCCUACUUCACAACAGGUGUGCCCGACUACAACAUCAAGCCCUUUGACCCCCACCACUGUGGCUAUGUUGAACUGCGGCGGGGUGCUUCACAGGGUCUUGGCAGCUUUCGUCUGAUAUUGCGCAAUGUAUCCGAGUACGGAUGGGCGCGAUCCGAGGUGACCAAGUUCCAUGCCGAUCCAGAGGACCACCGCAUCGUCUACACACAGUAUUUCCCCGACAAAAGCUUGGAGGGGGAGUACGAGUUCGCCGCCAAGAUGCUGGGCACCGAGAUGAACAGAAGAGGCCACUGGAACCUAACCCUCUAUGAUUACAGUCAAACCACCAGCGUUCGACGCAUCGGAGGUCCGGGUUCGCUCAUCAAAGUCCACGUGGAGGUGGACCGCAUCGGCGGAAUGGAGCUGCAUAUUGAGAACUUGCUGCAGGGACAGCCCCUCAACCAACUAGCCGAUGGAGUCAUCAACAGCAUGUGGCAGCUGGGAUUGCCGUUCAUCAAGCCGAUGAUUAACGAGUUGGUCAGCACGGCAUUUACGGAUAUAUUCAACGAGUCCUUCCGACACUUUCCCCUCGAGAAGUUCCUCGCCGCGUGACCUCAUCUAAUUAACCAUAUCUGUAUCUGUUUUGUAGUAUUUUUAAUGGAACUUAUAACAAAGGCUAGUUAAUUAAACACUCAGACGACAUCUGCCAAAGCA